UUUAAAACUACAGAAAAAUUAAAACAGACGAUUGCGAAAAGAUUAGCGUUCUUAUAAAUAAUCGAUAGACAUUAUGAAUCCGAGUAAGUAACAGGUAGAGUGCUGUCGUGUAUGUUAUACUUCCUUUAUUUCAGUGACUAGAUCGCUAAUCAACAUCAGCCAGCAUCAGUAAGAUGAAGAAAACCCUCUUUUUGUUUCUUCUUCAUGGAAUUUGUGUCGUCGUGUUUAGUUUUAUUGUUGAGAAUGAAUCCGACAUCAGAGAAGACGAGGAAGAAAGCGAACCUGAUCAUAAUAUACGAGACCCUGGACACCACUUUUACGGCUUAGGGGAAAGAAGAGAACCAGAUCACGACCCUGACACUUACCAUGGUUACGAUCGUAAUCAUGAUAGAGAUCACGAUUAUGAUGAAAAUCACAUUCAUGAUUAUGAUCAUGACAAUCAUGAACAUAAAAGUCAUUACGAUGACACAGAAGAUAAAGAUCAAUCGAACACUCAGAGGUCGGCUCAAAACUCAAGGGCCUCGAACGGCUCGUGGAAAAUUUCUACUGUUUGGGUCUCACAAUAUCUACUGGUUUUAUUUGUCGCGAGACAGAUUAUGUUAUCAUAAGUGCGAUAUUUCCUGCAACUUACUGCAUUAUUAUAUGACAAAACCAUUUCUUUAAUAUCGAUUGGUUGUUAUUGGAGCGGGAAAAUGCAUUUAAUUGUCCCACAUAUCAAGGAACAAUGAUAAUAUGAUUAUUUGAAAUCGUGUUUGUUUUUUUUAAACGUUCGAUUCUGUAGAUUUUUUGAUAAUUUGUUGUUUAUAUAUCGAGGUAUCAUUAACUUAUUUAGUUGAUCAAAAUUGUUUAUGUUACUUAAUGUUUUAAUGUACUAGAAUAUUCGGAGCCACUAACUCAGUUUAUAUUUUUACAAACGUUCCAAUAAAAUGUUUUAACUGUUAAAAA